AUGAAAAAAAAAACUUGUCUAACAACCUGUGACCCUCAUGCUAAACAUAAAGUUGUUAACUCCAAUACUCCUCAAGUUGAAGAGGGAAAGGAAAUUUUCUUCACGUAUGAUGUUGAAUUCCAGGAGUGCGAUGUGAAGUGGGCUUCAAGAUGGGACGCGUAUUUGCUGAUGAGUGACGAUCAAAUUCAUUGGUUUUCAAUUGUGAACUCAUCGAUGAUUGUUCUUUUUCUCUCGGGUAUGGUGGUAAUGAUAAUGUUGCGUACACUUUAUCAUGAUAUUUCAAAGUACAACGAGCUUAAGACCCAAGAAGAAGCACAAGAAGAGACUGAUUGGAAGCUUGUCGAUGGUGAUGUUUUCAGGCCACCAAACAACUCAGAUCUGCUGUGUGUUUAUGUUGGUACUGGUGUUCAAUUUUUUGGGAUGAUACUAGUAAUAAUGCUCCUUGCUAACCUUGGAUUCCUUUCUCCUUCAAACAGAGGUGGGCUAAUGACAAUCAUGCUUUUAAUAUGGGUUUUCAUGGGGAUUUUGGUUGUUUAUUCAUCAGCCCGCUUGUACAAAAUGUUCAAAGGAUCAGAGUGGAAGAAAAUUACCCUCAGGAUUGCAGUCAUGUUCCCUGCUUCUGUCUCUGCUAUAUUCUUUGUAUUGAAUGGUCUUAUAUGGGGGCAAAAACCAUCUGGAGCUAUGUCGUUUGGAACAAUGUUUGCUUUGAUCUUUUUAUGGUUUGGAAUCUCAGUUCCACUUUAUUUUUGGUGGCUAUAUUGGGCCAGGAAACCUGCAAUUGAGAAUCCCAAGGCAGAUCCCUGA